AUGAGCUCGUUGUUUGCUUCAGGUUGUGCGGAGGGCGACGUGUGCCACGGUCUCUCUAUCCCCAUCUACAUGGUUUUCCCCCGACUCUUCACCUGCCCCACCCUGGAGACCACCAACUUCUGGGGCCCUACAGACCCUCAGUCCUGGGGCCAUCACAGAGGACCGUCCUCAGUGCUGAGUCUGAGGCAUGCUCUGGGGUGUGGAUUCCCUCACAUGGACUCACUUCAGGGACUCAAGAGGUGUCUCUUGGUGGAAACAGGAUCUCUGAUGUGUCUCUUGGAGGACACAGGACUCAGUAGUGUCUGUGGAGGACACAGGACUCAGAUGGUGUCUCUUGGAGGACUCAGGAAGAAGAGGAGUAACAGGUGGAGGAAGAAGAGGAGUAAGAGGUGGAGGAAGAAGAGGAGGAAGAAGAGGAGAAAGAGGUGGAGGAAGAAGAGGAGGAAGAGGUGGAGGAAGAAGAGGAGUAAGAGGUGGAGGAAGAAGAGGAAGAAGAGGAGAAAGAGGUGGAGGAAGAAGAGGAGGAAGAGGUGGAGGAAGAAGAGGAGUAAGAGGUGGAGGAAGAAGAGGAGGAAGAAGAGGAGAAAGAGGUGGAGGAAGAGAAGAGGAGGAGGUGGAGGAAGAAGAGGAGGAAGAAGAGGAGAAAGAGGUGGAGAAGAGGUGGAGGAAGAAGAGGAGGAAGAGGUGGAGGAAGAAGAGGAGGAAGAAGAGGAGGAAGAAGAGGAGGAAGAGGUGGAGGAAGAAGAGGAGAAAGAGGUGGAGAAGAGGUGGAGGAAGAAGAGGAGGAAGAGGUGGAGGAAGAAGAGGAGGAAGAAGAGGAGGAAGAGGUGGAGGAAGAAGAGGAGGAAGAAGAGGAGGAAGAAGAGGAGGAAGAAGAGGAGGAAGAGGUGGAGGAAGAAGAGGAGGAAGAAGAGGAGGAAGAAGAGGAGGAAGAAGAGGAGGAAGAGGUGGAGGAAGAAGAGGAGGAAGAAGGAAGUCGUG